GAGUUUAAGGGAAACACAGACCAGUCCUCUAUCGUCCGUCACCGGCUGAAGCGUCACUUGUAUACUGCAAAAGUUCUUUUAUAUCUUACGUCUUAUUUUGGUCGGAUGUGUAUGAGUGUCGAGAUAUAUGGAUGUCGCACUGGCGACAUAUUCGUGUUGACACUGUUUUCAUCGAAGCAAAGGCAGCGAGAAGGUAAGACUUAUUAAAACUGUGAAGUUAAAAGUAUAUCAAAGACUUUUAAGAUUUUCUCUACCCCUUUUCAUUCUUACAUGUCUCGAUGACGGUAAAAUUUAGUGGACCAUUAAAAUUAAACUUGUCAUUUCUUUGCAGAACCAAUUCGCUGUAAUCUGACCAAACAGCCUGGUAAUUGUAAGGCUUCAUUUCCCAGAUGGUUUUUAACAAGGAAACUAAACAAUGUGAACCGUUUAGUUAUGGUGGAUGCAAUGGAAAUCUCAAUGACUGUUGGAAAGUAUGUCGAGGUAAAUGACAUGCCAGGCUGGUAA